AAUUUAUUUAUUUAUUGGUUCACUUCUCAAUUGUAAUUGUUCAAUCAUCAAUGGUAAAUUGCCGAACAAUGUUCCUUAAACUUCUUUAUUAGGCUAUUGCUGAUCGUACAUAACGAGAUGAAGCAUAACAACGUUUUGCCUAAUGGUCAUUUCCAUAAACACUGGCAAAAUUACGUUAGAACAUGGUUUAAUCAACCAGGUCGCAAAAAGCGAAGACGUACUGCACGUCAAAAAAAAGCUUUAGCUAUUGCGCCAAGACCUGUUGCUGGUAGUUUACGUCCAGUUGUCCGUUGUCCAACUUUUAAAUACCAUACUAAAGUCAGAAGUGGACGAGGGUUUACUUUAGAGGAACUUAAAACUGCGCAAAUUAAACUACGAUUCGCUAAAACAGUUGGUAUUGCUGUUGAUCACAGACGAAAAAAUAAGUCAACUGAGUCACUACAGGCAAACGUGCAACGUCUCCAAGAAUAUCAAAGCAAGUUGAUUAUAUUCCCACGUAAGCAAAAUAAGCCUAAGGCUGGUGACAGUGAGGCUUCCGUUCUUACCGUUGCUACUCAAUUGAAGGGUCCAGUUCUACCUAUCACUCAAAUUAAGACAGACACAAAAGCACGUAUGAUAACAGAUGAAGAGCGUAAAAUAAGUGUUUUCAGGUCUAUGCGAGUUGCUCGUGCCAAUGCUCGUCUUAUUGGCAUCCGUGCUAAACGUGUUAAAGACGCUGAAGCGGACGCUGCAAUGAAGGCUAAAAAAUAAAUCCUCUAUUAAUA